AAGCAUACGACAGAGGGGAAGACAGGGGGAGAGAAAGAUAGACACCUGCAGACCUGCUUCACCGCUUGUGAAGCGACUCCUCUGCAGGUGGGGAGCCGGGGGCUCGAACCAGGAUCCUUAUCCCCGUCCUUGUGCUUCGCGCCACCUGUGCUUAAGCCGCUACGCUACUGCCCGGCUCCCUUUUUUUUUUUUUUUUUUUUUAAGGUAGAAGACAGGCAGAGAGCGAAGGAAGGACACCACAGCGCUGACGCUUUGUCCAGUGUGCUGGGGGCUGGGCUGCAGGAGGGUCCUGCGGUGUCAACACAGUAGCACUAUCCAGAUGUGCUUGCUAUCUCAUCGACCCAAGUCAUGAAAUCUUCACAGGUCCUAAAAUCACACAACGAGUGAAUUGGAGCGUUGUCACUGAACUCCCAACCCUGAGCUGUUAACCUCAUGGCUAAUUAUUCUUUGGAUUUGAAGAUGAUCUUCAGUAGUUCUCACCUUUAUGUUUGGGAAAGGUGUAAUCUUGUCAAUUCAGGUUUAAAAUCCACCCAAUUCUGCCAGAACUGUAAGGAAUAUCAUCAACUGUAUUGCCAAGUGACACCCUCCUCCCCACCAAGCUUCAAGUUAAAUUGUCCUUCUUGGACACUGCCAUCCACUGAUUCCUGACUUGACCUGAUCUUAGUUAAAAUUCUUGAAAACAGAAACCAGAACUUCAACAGUAUAUCUGACUAGGAGGAUCUCCUCAUCAUGUCUUUUAUUCAAAAAUGCAAUGAAAAAACUGAAGAGAAGAUAUAAAAAUGAGAAAGAAGGGAAACUAUGAUGCCGUUUGCAGACAGUCCAAAAGAACCUACAAAUAAAUCAUCAGACUAAUCAGUAUGAUUUUUGGGUCCCAUAAGACAACAGAGACUGAGUUAUCCCUUUUCCUCUCUGCUGAGCAAAAUGAAAAGCAUUCAGAAGAAGACUCUGAAAGGUAAGAAGAAAGGGCAAACUGACUCAAGGCCAUUGUUCAGAACCUGGGGACCAGCACAGAAAGCCUCCUUCACACCGGUGACGGGAGCUGACCCAGACCCAAUGCAUCUCCAAAAGCAGAAGGCAUCAAGACAUGGGUUCCCUGUGGAGCUGGUGGACGAUCUGGGCCGGAGCAACCCUCCUGUGGGGGGUGUCCCAGGAGGCCUCUGUGAACCCCAGGAACACCGGGGGAGAGGAAUUCCUUGCAGCCUUCAUGCAGAACUACCAACCCGGGUACAGCAAGGCCAGUCUCCACCUACUGGUCACCAGCAUGUCAGACAAAGCUGCCACUGUCUCUGUCCUCAGCCAGGCAGAUGACACCUCUCAGAAGGUCACCGUGAGACCCGGGCUGUCGGUCAUGGUCAACAUCAGCUCCAAGGCUGAGAUGAUGGGCAGCACCACCUUCAGGCACGCAGUGGUGGUCCACUCUGACCAGAGGGUCUCUGUGCAGGCCGUGAACGUUAAGCCCGAGACAGCAGAGCUGACACUGCUGCGACCCGUCAGUGCCCUGGGCACUGAGUACUUUGUGUUCACCCCCCCCAGUGUCUCAUCCCAGAAUGUGAAAGAGUUUGCUGUGGGGGCCGGUGCUGCAGGCGCCACAGUCAGUGUGCAGCUGAAGGGGGCAGUGACCUUCCAGGGCAAGUUCUACCCUGCAGGUCAGGUGCUGAGUGUCACCCUGCAGCCCUAUGAGGUGGCCCAGGUGCAGAGUAAUUCUGAUCUCUCAGGGUCUAAGGUCAUAUCCAGCAGCCCUGUGGCUGUCUUCUCAGGUCACACCUGUGCCCAGAAACAUACAAGCUGCAACCACGUGGUGGAGCAGCUGCUCCCCACAUCUGCCUGGGGCACCCACUAUGUGGUGGCCACCCUGGCCUCUCAGGUCCGAUUUGACUUGGCCUAUGCGGUGGCCAGUCAGACCACAAAGUUGACCUACAACCAGGGGGGCACCACUGGCUCCCGUGGGCUCAAGGAGGGGGAUGUGAUGGAGUUUGAGAUCCGGCCUUCCCGACCUCUCUAUCUGACUGCAGACAAGGGCAUCCAAGUCCUGCUGUUUGGCACUGGGGCCUCAAGGGACGAUAUUAACUAUGACCCCUACCUGGUCCUGGUCCCAGAUGUGGCUUCCUACUGCUCUUCCUAUGUGGUCAAGAGCAUGCCAGACUCCAGAGGGGUGGCUCUCGUGGUGGUACCAACCAAGGCUACCGAACAGGUGACUUUGGAUCACCAGCCACUUAGGAACCAGCUCACCUGGACACCAGUGCCAGGCAGUGAGUUCUCCUUUGCAGAAGUGGCCCUCAGCUCGGAUGACAAGACCCAUGUGGCUGAAGCCUCCACCAACUUCGGGAUGCUCACCUUCGGGCUGGAGGAGGCUGUGGGCUAUGGGACCGCAGCUGCCUGUGGCCGGACCAUGAUAUCCGAGGAAGUGGCCACCUGUGACGAUGUGAAGUGUCCUCCCGGGCAUCGCUGCCAGCUGACAGAGGGCAAGGCCAAGUGCGUGGAAGUUUCUUUGGUCACCUGCCGUGUUCAGGGGGAUCCGCAUUAUACCACCUUCGACGGCCUCCGCUACGACAUGAUGGGCACGUGCACCUACACCAUAGCAGAGAUGUGCGGUGAGGAUGAGAACCUCCCUGCCUUCAUCGUGGAGGCCAAGAAUGAGCACCGUGGCAGCCGCCGGGUCUCCUACGUGGGCUUUGUCACUGUACGCGCCUACAGCCACACGGUGUCGCUGGCCCGCGGGGAAGUGGGCUAUGCCAGGAUUGACAACCAGCGCUCACGCCUGCCCAUCUCCCUGGAAGAGGGGAAACUGCGUGUUUACCAGAGCGGGACUCGCGCCACAGUGGAGCUGGACUUUGGCCUGAUAGUCAACUAUGACUGGGACUGUCAGCUGACAUUGAGCCUGCCUGUGAAAUUCCAAGACAAGAUGUGUGGACUGUGUGGCAACUAUAACGGUGAUCCCCAUGAUGACUUCCUCACGCCUGACGGGGAACAGGCUCCCAACGCUGUGGAGUUUGCCAGCUCCUGGAGGCUGGAUGAUGGGGACUAUUUAUGCGAAGAUGGCUGUGAGAGUGACUGCCCCUCGUGUACCCCGGGCCAGGCCCAGCACUAUGAGGGUGACCGUCUCUGUGGCAUGCUGACCCUGCCAAAUGGACCCUUUGCCGUCUGUCAUAAUGUCCUGGACCCCCAGCCUUUCCUCAAAGACUGUGUAUAUGACCUGUGUGUGUUCAAUGGAGACCGGUCCAACCUGUGCCGUGGCCUCAGCGCCUAUGCCCAGGCCUGUCUGGAGCUUGGUAUCUCUGUAGGGAACUGGAGGGAGCCAGCCAACUGCCAACUGUCCUGCCCCGCCAACAGUCGCUAUGAACUCUGCGGGCCAGCCUGCCCGGCUUCCUGCAACCCCACAGCGGCCCCGUCCAAUUGCUCUGGCCGCCCGUGUGUGGAGGGCUGCGUGUGCCUCCCAGGCUUCGUGAGCAGUGGCAGUGCCUGUGUGGCAGCCUCAACCUGUGGUUGUGUCUAUGGGGACCGGCUGCUGGCUCCAGGCGAGGCGGUGUGGGAUGACAAGAAGUGCCAGCGCCGCUGCACCUGCGAUGCUGCCACGCAUCAGAUGCGCUGCAGCAACACGCAGGGCUGCCCGACAGGCCAGCGCUGCCGUGUCCAGAACGGCCUCCUGGGCUGCUACCCCGACGACUUCGGCAGCUGCCAGGCGCAUGGGGACCCACACUACCUGACCUACGAUGGCCGGCGCUUGGACUUCAUGGGCACCUGCACGUACCUCCUGACCGGCUCGUGCGGUCAGGCCGUGGGGCUGCCUGACUUCCGGGUGCUGGUGGAGAAUGAGCACCGGGGCAGCCAGACAGUGAGCUACACCCAUGCUGUGCGUGUUGAGACCCUUGGCGUGACUGUGGCCGUGCGCCGGGAGCACCCUGGAAAAGUGCUGGUGGAUGGCGUCUUUCAGUACCUGCCUUUCCAGGCGGCAGGUGGGCAGGUACAAGUGUAUCGUCAGGGCAGUGAUGCUGUGGUGCGCACCGACUUUGGCCUGACUGUCACCUAUGACUGGAACGCUCGUGUGAUUGUCAAGGUGCCAAGCAGCUACUCUGGGGCCCUGUGUGGGCUCUGUGGGAACUUCAACGGGGACAAAAGUGAUGAACUGGCCCUUCGGGGUGGCGGCCAGGCCGAUAGCGUUCUGGCCUUUGGAAACAGCUGGCUGGAGGAGACAAAGCCAGGCUGUGGAGCGACUGAGCCGGGUGAAUGUCCCAAUCUGGACUCCCUGGUGACACAGCAGCUACAGAGCAAGAGGGAGUGUGGGAUCCUAGCAGAUCCUGACGGGCCCUUCCAGGAGUGCCACUCCAUACUGGACCCAGAGGAAGCCCUGCGCGACUGUGUCUAUGACCGCUGCCUGAUGCCAGGCCAGUCUGGGGUGCUGUGUGACGCUUUAGAGACUUAUGUUGCUGCCUGCCAGGCUGCUGGGGUCACUGUGGAGUCCUGGAGGAGUGAAGAACUUUGCCCAAAGAGCUGCCCACCCAACAGCCACUAUGAGCUGUGCGCCUACGGCUGCCCGCUGUCCUGUGGAGACAUCCCCGUGCCCGGGGGCUGUGGCUCCGACUGCCAUGAGGACUGUGUGUGUGAUGACGGCUUUGUGCUCAGUGGUGGGUCCUGCGUGCCUGUGUCCUCCUGUGGCUGCGUGCACCAGGGAGCCUACCACCCUCCAGGUCAGACCUUCUACCCGGGACCGAAUUGUACUUCCGUCUGCCACUGCCAGGAAGGUGGUAUGGUAUCAUGCAAGCCCUCUAGCUGCGGCCCACAAGAGGCCUGCCAACCAUCCAAUGGCAUCCUGGGCUGCGUGUCUGUGGGCUCUGUCACCUGCCAGGCUUCGGGAGACCCCCACUACACCACUUUUGAUGGCCGCCGCUAUGACUUCAUGGGUGCCUGUGUGUAUGUACUGGCUCAGACCUGUGGCACCCGGCCUGGUCUGCAUCAGUUUACUGUCCUGCAGGAGAAUGAGCACUGGAAUGGCAACAGUGUCAGCGUGACCAAGGCUGUCACUGUCCUGGUGGCGAACUACACACUGCGGCUGCAGCAGAGCCAGUGGAAGGUCACGGUCAAUGGUGUGGACAUGAGGCUGCCCGUGGUGCUGGAUGGGGGCAAGAUUCGUGUGUCUCAGCACGGCGCAGAUGCCGUGAUUGAGACCGACUUUGGCCUGCGUGUAGCCUACGACCUCGUGUACUAUGUGCGGGUCACCGUGCCAGGCAACUACUACCAGCAGAUGUGUGGUCUGUGCGGCAACUACGACGGAGAUCCCAAAGAUGACUUCCAGAUGCCUGACGGCUCGCAGGCAGGCAACCCCAAUGACUUCGGCAACUCCUGGGAGGAGAAGGUGCCUGGCUCUCCCUGUGUGCCACAGCCCCCCUGUGAUCCCAGCGACGAGAACUGCAACCCAGAGUGCACGCCUGAGCAGCAGCAGCAGUACCAGCAGGAGAAGUUCUGUGGGUUCCUUACCAACCCCACUGGGCCAUUGGCCGCCUGCCACAAACUGCUGGAUCCCCAGGGCCCCUUGCAGGAUUGUGUCUUUGAUCUCUGUGCGAGUGGUGGGAACCAGAGCAUUCUCUGUUCCAUCAUCCAUGCUUAUGUGAGUGCCUGCCAGGCAGCUGGAGGCCACGUGGAACCCUGGAGGACCGAAUCCUUCUGCUCGAUGAAGUGCCCCCCCAAUAGCCACUAUGAGGUCUGCGCAGACACCUGCUCCCUGGGCUGCUCUGCACUCACUGCCCCCCCACAGUGUCCGGAUGGCUGUGUCGAGGGCUGUCAGUGUGACCCCGGCUUCCUCAACAGUGGCGAGACCUGUGUGCCCAUGCAGGAAUGUGGCUGCUACCACAAUGGUGUCUACUAUGAGCCAGACAAGACAGUGCUUAUCGACAACUGCCAGAAACAGUGUGUGUGCCAUGCUGGCCAAGUCCUGGUGUGCACGGACCACAGCUGCGAGCCAGGGGAGGUGUGCGAACCCUCGGGAGGUGUCCUGAGCUGCAUCACCAAAGACCCAUGUCACGGGGUAACAUGUCGGCCACAGGAGACGUGCAAGGACAAAGAUGGCCAAGGAGUGUGUGUUCCUAACUACGAGGUCAUGUGCUGGCUUUGGGGAGACCCGCACUACCACUCCUUCGACGGGCGGGACUUUGACUUCCAGGGGACCUGCGACUACGUGCUGGCGACAACAGAAUGCCCAGGUGGGAAUGCAGAGGGCCUCGCCCCCUUCACCAUCACCACCAAGAAUGAGAACCGGGGCAACCCUGCAGUGUCCUAUGUGAGGCGUGUCACUGUGGCCACCCUCAAUGUCAACGUCUCCAUUCACAAAGACGAGAUUGGCAAAGUCCGGGUGAAUGGAGUACUGACUGCACUGCCAGUCACUUUGGCUGGUGGAAGGCUUUCCGUGACCCACGGUGCAUCAAAAGCAGUGCUAGUGACUGACUUCGGGCUGCAGGUCACCUAUGACUGGAACUGGCGUGUAGAGGUGACGCUUCCCAGUAGCUACCACGACUCAGUGUGUGGGCUCUGUGGGGACAUGGACCGCGACCCCAACAAUGACCAAGCCUUCCCCAAUGGCACCCUGGCUCCCUCCACUCCCACUUGGGGUGGCAGCUGGAGAGUUCCAGACGGGGACCCACUGUGCUGGGAUGAAUGUCAGGGGUCUUGCCCCACAUGCUCUGGGGACCAGUUGGAAGAGUUUGGAGGCCCAGGCUUCUGUGGGCCACUGGCUGCAGGCACAGGAGGCCCCUUCGCUGCCUGCCAUGCUGUCGUGGCACCCGAAAAUUUCUUCAAGGGCUGCGUUCUGGAUGUGUGCCUGGGUGGAGGGGUCCACAACAUCUUGUGCCAGGCCCUGGCUGCCUAUGCUGCUGCCUGCCAGGCCGCUGGGGUUACCAUCAAGGACUGGAGACCACAGGCUGGCUGUGAGAUCUCCUGCCCCCAGAAUAGCCACUAUGAGCUCUGUGGCCCACCCUGCCCGGCCAGCUGCCCAUCCCCGGCACCCCCCACCGUCUCAGUGCCCUGUGAAGGUCCCUGUGCUGAGGGCUGCCAGUGUGACUCUGGCUUCGUGUGGAGUGUGGACCGCUGCGUCCCCCUGGAUGGCGGCUGUGGCUGCUGGGCCAACGGCACAUACCACGAGGCUGGCAGUGAGUUCUGGGCUGAUGGCACCUGCUCCCAGCGCUGCCGCUGUGGGCCAGGAGGUGGCUCUGUGGUCUGCACUCCUGCCAGCUGUGGGCUGGGUGAAAAGUGUGGCCUGCUGCCCUCAGGCCAGUUGGGCUGCCUCCCCAUCAGCACAUCUGAGUGUCAGGCCUGGGGGGAUCCCCACUACAUCACCCUGGAUGGGCAUAAGUAUGACUUCCAAGGUGCCUGCGAGUACUUGCUGAGUGCACCCUGCCACGCCCCACCCCAGGGGGCUGACAACUUCACCGUCACGGUGGCCAAUGAGCACCGGGGCAGCCAGGCUGUCAGCUACACCCGCAGCGUCUCCCUGUACAUCCACAACCACGUCCUGACCCUCAGCACCCAGUGGCCCCGGAAGCUGCAGGUGGACGGUCAGCUCGUGUCGCUGCCCUUCCAGCUAGACUCGCGCCUGCAGGCAUACCUGAGUGGCAAAGAUGUGGUGGUGACUGUGGCCAGUGGGCUUUCUUUGUCUUUCGACGGAGUCAGCACUGUGCGUCUGCGCGUGCCCGCUGUCUACUCAGGCUCCCUUUGUGGCCUGUGCGGAAACUACAACCAGGACAAGGCAGAUGAAGUGCAGGCUGUGGGCCCUGACCCUGGCCGGUGGCAGGUGGGCGGCGCCCCAGGCUGCGGGGAGUGUGUGCCCGGCCCCUGCCCGCCCCAGUGCACACCUGACCAGCAGGCGCAGUUUGGAGGCCCAGAGGCCUGUGGUGUGAUCUCAGCCCCUGAUGGCCCUCUGGCACCCUGCCAUGGCAUCCUGCCACCCUCACAGUACUUCCAGGCCUGCCUGCUGGACACCUGCCAGGCUCAGGGCCAUCCUGGGGCCCUCUGCCCUGCCGUGGCCGCCUACGUGGCAGCCUGCCAGGAUGCUGGGGUUCAGAUUGGCGAGUGGAGACGACCCGACUUCUGCCCCCUCCAGUGCCCUGCCAAUAGCCACUACAAGCUGUGCGGUGACUCCUGCCCUGUGAGCUGCCCAAGCCUCUCAGCACCUGAGGGCUGUGAGCCCAGCUGCCGAGAGGGCUGCGUCUGUGAUGCUGGCUUUGUGCUCAGUGGUGACACCUGUGUGCCGCUCGGCCAGUGUGGCUGCCUACACGAGGGCCGUUACUACCCGCUGGGUGAGGUCUUCUACCCAGGCCCUGAGUGUGGGCGGCGCUGUGAGUGUGGACCUGGCGGCCAGCUCACCUGCCAGGAGGGCACCAACUGUGGGCCCUACGAGGAGUGUCGAGUGCAGGAUGGUGUCCAGGCUUGUCACCCUACUGGCUGUGGCCGCUGCCUGUCUAAUGGGGGCAUCCAUUAUAUCACUCUUGAUGGUCGUGUCUAUGACCUGCAUGGCUCCUGCUCCUAUGUCUUGGCCCGAGUUUGUCGCCCAAAGCCUGGGGAUGAGAACUUCACCAUCGUCCUGGAGAAAAACGUGGCUGGAGAGCCCGAGCGCCUGCUGGUUACUGUGGCGGGUCAGGUGGUGGUCUUGGCUCAGGGGCCACAGGUGACUGUGGAUGCCGAGCUGGUGGCCCUGCCUGUGGCUGUAGGUCAUGUACGAGUGACUGCCGAGGGCCGCAACAUGGUUCUGCAGACCACCAAGGGGCUUCGGCUUCUGUUUGAUGGAGACUCCCAGAUCCUCAUAUCCAUCCCCAGCCCCUUCCAUGGUCGGCUCUGUGGCCUUUGUGGGAACUUCAAUGGCAACUGGAGUGACGACUUUGUCCUGCCCAGUGGUGCUGUGGCCCCCAGUGUGGAAGCCUUUGGAGCUGCAUGGCGAACACCCAGCUCCUCCCCAGGCUGUAGCGAAGGCUGUGGACCCCAGGGCUGCCCUGUGUGUUACGCAGAGCAGACAGCACCCUAUGAGAGCCUCCAGGCCUGCGGGCGGCUCCGGGACCCCAAAGGCCCCUUUGCAACCUGCCAUAAUGUGCUGAGCCCUUCUGAGUACUUCCGCCAGUGUGUGUACGACCUGUGUGCCCACAAGGGCGACAGUGCCUUCCUCUGCCACAGUCUCACGGCCUACACGGCAGCCUGCCAGGCGGCUGGUGCAGAAGUUAAGCCCUGGAGGACAGACAGCUUCUGUCCGCUCCACUGCCCGGCCCACAGCCACUACUCCAUCUGCACUCACUCCUGCCAGGGCUCCUGUGCAGCGCUGUCUGGCCUCACUGGCUGCACCACCCGCUGCUUUGAAGGCUGUGAGUGUGAUGACCGCUUCCUGCUCUCCAAUGGCAUCUGCAUCCCAGUCCAAGACUGUGGUUGCUCCCAUGAUGGCAGAUAUUUGCCGGUGAACUCCUCCCUGCUGAGCUCAGACUGUAAAGAACGCUGUUCCUGCUCUGUCAGCACCGGUCUGACAUGCCAGCCUACAAGCUGUCAGUCAGGUCGUGUAUGUGAGGUGCAGGCUGGUUCCCGAGACUGCUGGGUCCCCCAUGGUCUCUGUUCCCUCUCCAUGGGAGGCAAACUCACCACCUUUGAUGGAUCCCGCAAUGUUAUCAGCUCCCCCGACGUCUAUGAACUCUCCUCCCGUUGCCCAGGUCUCCAGGGGGUCAUCCCCUGGUACCGGGUGCUGGCUGAUGUCCGGACCUGCCAAGGCAAAGUGGGAGCUGUGGGCCAUGUUCACAUCUUCUUCCAGGAUGGACUUGUGACUGUGAGACCAAACCAGGGUGUAUGGGUGAAUGGUGUUCAAGUGAGCCUCCCAGCUGAUGUGUUAACAUCUGUAUCUAUAAGUCAGAAUCCUGAUGGCUCUGUGCUAGUCCAGCAAAAGGCAGGGGUCCAGGUGCAGCUUUGGCCCAACGGGCUUCUGGCUGUGAUGGUCAGCACUGACCACGCUGGGAUGCUGUGUGGGGCCUGCGGAAACUUCGAUGGGGACCAGAAGAACGACUCCCAGGGGGAGAUAGCGCUGGAGAGUUGGCGAGCACAGGACUUCUCAUGUCACGCCUGAUCAGUCACCCACUGGAAAUGAGGACUUCAUGACUCGGUCCCCCCGGAAGUUGCAGUAACUGAAGGAUGCACUGUGUCACUGUGUUCUCCCACCCCGUUCUACCCUCUGUCCUGCCCUCCCCUCCCCUAGUUCUGCCCACCCUGUGCUCCAAGCAUGUUGGCUGGCUUGAGAGCACUGAAUAAAUACCUUAAGCUGA